AUGACUUACAGCUGUGACUCAGAUGAUGGGUUCAAGGAGCCUUACUACGACUUUGACAGCGAGGUGUCAGUAGCCGGAGGUGCGAAGAGAACUAAGGUAGGCUCGACCAAGCCUAGGCCCAAGAGUGCCUGUAGUGUGAGAGGAAGAGGAGAUGGUCAGGCAGCCACCAUCAGGUGUCACUCUGCCCUCGGGCUCAGACACGGUAUUGGGGAGCUACAUCAAGAACUCAUUUUGUCUCCAUCCACUGAUGAAGUCACUGGUAGCAAGAGCUGCAUUAGAAACUUUCGACGGAGCUUGAAGUUGCUUGGGCUGCAACUGGAGGGUUUCAACCUGGAGGCUGGGGAACCUUCACCUAAACCUGAUAUCAAAAAUGCCAAAUCCAAGGUGGGGUCAUUGGUGACCCGGCGCUCUGUGUCUUUGGAGGAUCUCCAUGAAGCAGUGGUCAGCGUAGGCUUUCCUCUCACACCUGAUGUUGAGAGCCUAAAACACAGAAGAAUUUUAGCCAAGGCUAUAUAUGAGGAAUGGUACUUUAAGAAACAAGAGGAAGAAGAAAAGAAAAAGUCUGAAGCAAGGCAACAGCAGAAGGUGAAGCAAUGGGAGUUUCAACAUAGAAAAUAUGAACAAAUGCGAAAGUCACAAGAGUGUUUUAAGGAGUGGCUUCACAAGAAGAGAAAACAACAACAGGAACAGUUCAGGAACAGUGUCAGAGGUCCAAUGAAGCCCACAUAUCCUUGUAAUCCAGGAACCUCACAAAAUGCUCAAACCGCCUAUGAAUCAUGGAAGAAAGAAAAGGAAAAACUGCUCAAGAAACAACAAGAAGAAUCAAGGUUACAUAAAAAAAUGGUGGAAGAAAAAAAUAACAAAGAGGAUUCAGAAAAAGUAUGGAAAGAAUACAAACACAUUUAUGAAUUUGAUUAAUGUGAUGUUCAAAACUGUUUGGAACUUGAUUUACUUUAUAAUGUAAUGGUAAAUUGUUUAGUAGCAGUUAAGCUUAUUUAAAUACAUAUUUGCAUUGUU